AUGGGGCGCCCAACUCGGCAGACGCAGCAGACGCCGCCCGCCAAGGCAAAGGGUGCGCCCACCGACGGCGGCGCCAGCACCAGCUCCGGCGGCGCCCGCGGUGGCCGGAGGGCCAGCGGCGGCGGCGCUGCGGCCGCCGCCGGCCAGCGGCGGACGCGCGCAUCGCAGGGCGGCGACGCAGGGGAGCAGACCGCCGCGCUCGAGGCGACCCCUGCUUUGGAGCGCGACCAAUCUGAGGCGCCGCCCGGCGGGGAGGAGGCCGGGGCUGAUGCUGAUGCUGAGGCGGACGAGGAGGAGGCUGUCAGCAGCGGCGCUGAUGACGAUGAUGAUGAAGCCGAAGACGAGGAGGCAGAGGAGGAGGACGGCGAGGAAGAGGAGGAGGAGGACGAGGAGGAAGCCGAGGAGGAGGGGGAGGGCGGCGGCGACGAGGGCGGCGAGGAGGAGUCGGGCGCAACGCCGUCGGCCCGCCGCACGCGCGGC